CUCUGAUCUGGAAGUCACUUCUCAAAGACGUCUACAAGAGAAAGGGAAAAGUCAUAUUCUCGAAGAAGCACAGACAAAUGACUGAAGAGGCUCCUACGCCCUCCCCCUGUGUGGGAAGCCCUCCCUCUUCACAUCUGCGUUGAGCUGUGUGUCCCCAGGAGCAUUCCCAGAAACACCUGGACUGGGUUCUAGCCCUCCCAAAUGUAGGCCACCUUGCAGCUGUGAUUUUUUCCAUCUUUGCUCCUCUCUUCUGGGAGCAGAGACACUUGGGAAUGCUGUGAUAUUUGGGAAAGGUGCUUGGUCAUGAUGAACUUGUGAAUAUCUGUUUGAGACGCUAGAAGAUUGGUAAUUAUGAUAAGUGGAUUCACAGAAGGAGGCUAGGGCUAGGGAAGUGACUUUAUCCAUUUACACUAUGGAAAAGUGAAAGCAGUGGUUAUGCCUGGAAAUGCCAAGGACUUUCCCCUUGCCCAGAUGACCUUGUCCAUCAUGAAGCAUUGGCUAAUCCCUUAUUCCAGCUCAUUCAUAAGCCCAAGCAGCUCCUUGCUCUCAGCACCCAUCUCAGCCACCUCUCUAUAGAAGUGCCCCUUGCUUGAGGAAAUUCUUGGCGUGUCUGCCUUUGUUUUGUGCAUUAACACUGAUUCUGGACAUUUCAAAACAGAUGGUUUUUGAUCAUCCUGAGAAAAAUGAGCCUUGGCCUCCAGACCUAAUCAAGUAAACCUCUUUCUCAUGGAGAAUAGUGCCGGGGGUUCCUGAUGACCUGGAGGGCCUGCAGCCCCAGAGGGAUUAGUCAGAAGCAGGCUUGGUUCCUGUGCACAACCGUGGCUCCCCUGCCCAUACCUUCCAUUAUGAUUCACACCAACUUGAAGAAAAAAUUCAGCUACUUCAUCCUGGCCUUUCUCCUGUUUGCAGUCAUCUGUGUGUGGAAGAAAGGGAGCUAUGAGGCUCUUAAAUUGCAAGCCAAGGAAUUUCAGGUGGCCAAGAGUCUGGAGAAGCUGGCCAUGGGGUCUGGUUCCCAGUCUAUGUCUGCAAGCAGCAAACAAGACCCUAAACAGGACAGUCAAGUCCUCAGUCAUCUCAGGUUCGUGGCCAAGGUCAAACCACAGCCCUCCUACCAGGUGUGGGACAAGAACUCCUCAUCCAAAAACCUCAACCCCAGGCUGCAAAAGAUCCUGAAGAACUAUCUGAACUUGAACAAGUAUAAAGUGUCCUACAAGGGGCCAGGGCCAGGAGUCAAGCUCAGUGUCGAGGCCCUACGCUGCCGCCUUCGAGACCAUGUGAACGUGUCCAUGAUAGAGGCCACAGAUUUUCCCUUCAACACUACUAAAUGGGAGGGUUACCUUCCUAAGGAGAACAUUAGGACCAAGGCUGGGCCGUGGCACAGGUGUGCCGUCGUCUCCUCUGCAGGAUCUCUGAAAUCCUCUCAGCUGGGCAGAGAGAUUGAUAACCAUGAUGCAGUCCUGAGGUUUAAUGGGGCACCAGUAGCCAACUUCCAACAGGAUGUGGGCACGAAAACUACCAUUCGCCUGAUGAAUUCUCAGUUAAUCACCACAGAAAAGCAGUUCCUUAAGGACAGCUUGUACAAUGAAGGAAUCCUAAUUGCGUGGGACCCAUCUUUGUACCAUGCAGAUAUCCCAAACUGGUACCAGAAGCCAGACUACAAUUUCUUCGAAACGUAUAAGAGUUAUCGCAAGCUGUAUCCCGACCAGCCCUUUUAUAUCCUCAGGCCUCAGAUGCCGUGGGAACUGUGGGACAUCAUUCAAGAAAUUGCUCCAGACAGGAUUCAGCCAAAUCCCCCAUCCUCCGGCAUGCUGGGUAUCAUCAUCAUGAUGACACUGUGUGACCAGGUAGAUGUUUAUGAGUUCCUCCCGUCCAAGCGCAAGACUGACGUGUGCUACUACCACCAGAAGUUCUUCGACAGCGCCUGCACGAUGGGCGCGUACCACCCGCUGCUCUUUGAGAAGAAUAUGGUGAAGCAACUCAACGAGGGCACAGAUGAAGACAUUUACUUUUUCGGGAAAGCCACACUGUCCGGCUUCCGGAACAUUCACUGCUGAGUAUGUCUCUUGCCGGGCACUCUCCAUCUUCUCCUUUGGUCAUUAUAUAGCUAGUCUCCUGGUUACCCCUGCUUGGAGGAGUGCUGGGUUUUUUUGUUUGUUUGUUUUGUUUUUUUCUUUUUUCUUUUUCCCCAAGCCUAGUUCUUGCACUCUAGGGAAUUUUGUUGGCAAGAACUCUGGGGCUUCCAAAGCCUGGUGGCAAGGAGGCAGACCCAGCCACCAGAGUACAGGAGCUCAGAUUCAUGCCACACACGUUCCUCCUUGGACAGCACCCUCCUCUCUUUCCACAUGGGCAUGGGAAAGAGUCUCAUAUCUCACCAGGGUUGCCAAAACCAGACUUUGUUUUUCCCAACUGAAUGAUGUCAUCUUCACAAACUAGCACCCUCCACGGCUUGAAAUCUCCACAGAGGUAUUGAUUCCACAUCUUCAAGAAGCUCUCCCAAGGCAUGAUUUGGGCCAGAUGCAGGGUGGCUCUGGAGGAAUGAGGGAGAAGCAAAUCGUUGGUGCAGGACAUGGAAGCAAGCUCAGUUAUUCCAGAGCAGAGUCGUUCCCAAGGGCACUUCCCUGGGGACAUAGUCCUGUUGUCACCCUGUCUGGCUAGGCUGAGCCUCAAGCUGGUAAACUUGUGAACAAAGGCUCCUGAGUAGACCCCGCUUCCCUCUCCAUGUGGGGACGAAAGGUACAGAAAGCUCCUGUCUGUCCUCAACCCUGUCACCAUUGAGUAGAAGAGACUGACACCCAACAGGCAGCUAGAAAGCAAACAUUCCAUGUGCCCAGGGCACUGGACUUUGGAGAGGAGGGGCCUGCUGUCUGUACACCCUGGAGGGGCCAGUUCUGCCAUGUUCUUGUAGAGAUGUGGCAUUGGGAAAGAGACACAUAUCUAGCAAAUGUCACCUGCGUCAGAAGAGCUGUGUGUUCCAUUCUCCUGUUAUCAUUCUCUGGCAUUUUCUAAGCCCCUCCCUUUAGGACAUGGGGACCCAAAAUAUUUUUGUUAGGAAGCCCCUACCCACUCUGGCAGCAAGUGCCACCCCACAGUAGACACCAGGUGAGUCAGAUAGGCUGGGGCUCUUUUUAGUUUUUUAAAUGUCUACUCCCUAAGCUUUUAACUGCCCCCCAUUUCUCUCCCUUAAAGCAGUCUCCCCUCCAAGAUUACUUUUAAUUGUUUUCUGUUUGACAGAUAUCCUGGCCCCAACUUCUUUGACCUCAUGGGCUAUCCAUGGAAGGUCUCUCAGGGCAUGGGGACUAUGUUUUCUAGGACUUAGGUUAGAAUCUUAAUCAUAACUGAUUCUUACAAGGUGUGAGGUGUGUGAUUGCUAAUUGUCCUGUCCUCCGCUAGCCCCUGCAAGGGAGUGACACUGGUCUCUGGGCAGGAAGCACCCACCGUGUUUGGCAAGCAUGUUCUCACAAGGCUUUUCUGAGGCCCACUCAGCCCCUGGUGUGGAAUCGUUCGAUGACUUGUUUGUGGUUAAAAAAAAAAAAUGAAUACAAACGAACGCAGGCCGCUAAGAUCCAGUCCACUGGAUUCCCAAGUCUAGCCCUGUGUGCUCACAGGGCUCCAGCAUUGGAGCCUCAGACACCUAUUUACUGCUGACCCCUUGCCUUACUCGGACAGCAGAAGCCUGAAGUGAAAAGCCCUGGGUUUCAGCUCCACCCCCACUGACUCACUGCCACUUUACACGGAAUCUCUUCUUUGGACCCUUGUUUCCGUAUCUGUAAAAUGGGGGUGACAAUCCUACCUCACAGGGCUGUGUGGGGACCACAGGAAAGCAUGUGGCUGGACUGUGUCCAUGGUGCAUAGGAAGUAGGAACAUUGCUGUCCUUCCUCAUUUACUCAUGAAGGGCCUGCUCGGUGAUCCCACCAGGACUGGCCUUUGCUGCAAGGCAGGGCAGUGGACAGGAACGUGGCAUCCUUUCUACUGUGGGGCAACUACCCCAUUUGUAGCUCCCACGAGCCUGCCCCUUCUUGCUGCCUGCACCUCAGGUCUAUUUCUGCUUGAGGGUGCCCUGUGCAGUGCAUUGGGCUGCUCAGCUGCUGUGUGGGACAAGGCUAGGGCAUCCCUGGCUUUCUCCAAGUACUGCUCUCACACACUCAUAACUCAUCAGGGCCAGGAAAGGAGUGCCCAGGAAGCAGAUAUUCUGUUAACAGGAGGUACUUGUUGAUAUGGGGAUGGAGUACACUGGGUAGAUUCUAGGUUUUAACUGUUAUUAAUGUGGGGGAAUAAAUUAAGUGUAAUGUGAUUCUGGAGUCUGUAAAACUUUCUCUGUGGCCUCUAAAUGUGGAGGCCUGAGUGAAGGAGACUAUGAUGUGUAUGUGGGUGCUGUUGGUUUGAUUAUGUUUAAUAAUUGAUACAGGUAGUUUGUAAUCUGUGAUUGACAGGAAAGCCUCUGUCUACAUGGACAUUCACUUCAGUAGCCAUGUAUGCAUCCUAAGUCAUAGGAUCCUUCUGUCGAUCAAAUCUGCUGUUGCUCUUGGUGUGGGGUGUGAGACAGUGUAUCAGAGACUUUAAACACGUACCUGUUCAUUCUAAAUUAUCCAAAGAUUGUACAAAUUUUAAAAUAAAUGUCUUUUUAAAAAAA